AUGGGGGCAAAUUACGUCGCCGUGCCAACAAGCACAGGGAAUACCUUCUCUGCAGGGAUCUUCAGCCUCUCCGGAAAGGGUGUUUAUAGCUAUGCUUGCUUCACUUUCUUGCCAGAUAAAUGCUACCUCUUCUACAUCAGAAAAAUAUUGGGCAUAAAAAAAAAAAAAUGGGCAUGUUUCCCUGAUCCCCCAACUUUCCAAGUAGUUACUUGGAACAAUGACCCUAUACGGGUCAACACAAACCAGCCUCAUCUCUUGGGAGGAUCCUAUACUUCUGAUAAUAAAGAUCACUAUCCCAUUAAUAUUAACUGUACUUUUAGGGGAUUAACAGAUGAUCUUCCCCUUUGCCUUAACUUCCCAAGAAAUCUUAUCACUCCCUCCCAGAAAGCAAUUUUGACAGAUUCUCCAACAUCAAAAUUUUCAGAUAAAACAGGAGAUCGGCUGGUGUGGAUAUUACAGGCCCGUAUGCCCGGGGUCCUUGACCCCUAUAAAUCCUUGUUCCUCAACGCUCCACCAAAAUAUCCAAAUUGUAUUGAUGUUGCUCCUUCAGACGUCAUAUGGAAAACUAUAGACAACCGCCUUGGAUACCUGGUAUGGAAAUCUUGUACUUAUAAUUCAAAAAUAGAUUAUAGAAUACCGGGAGGCGGAAACUAUUCGGUACAAGACUGGAGCAAUCCAAAUCCAAGUCAGGAUCCAGGAUCUGUUCCUGACUAUGUCAAUAGGUUUAGCAAUUGGAAAAAUGAUUCCCUCCCUUGGCCAUUGGUGGCCAGCAGAUGGCGCGAUAGUCAAUUUGUUCCCCCCAUGUUGUCCUAUACAACGAAGGGGAAAACUUUUUGGCGACCAGAAAUUCGGAGAGCCCUUGCUGCCACCUCCCUUGGUACCGCUGGAUACUGCCGAGGCUGCACCCCGGCACUGGGACUGGCAAACGACACAAUACUACAAGUUCUGCUUUUUGUAUUUUUGUUUCUCACCUACAUGUUGAGUGUGGCUGGGAACCUCAUCAUUAUAACCCUCACACUUUUGGAUUUCCAUCUUAAAACGCCCAUGUAUUAUUUCCUCUGAAAUUUCUCUUUCUUAGAAGUCUCACUCACAAUGGUCUGUAUUCCCAGAUUCCUGUAUUCUAUGGCAACUGGAGAUAAUACUGUUACCUACAGUGCUUGUGCCACCCAAUUAUUUUUUAUUGUCCUCUUCGCAGCAACUGAAUUGUUUCCCCCUGCAGCCAUGUCUUAUAACUGCUACAUGGCCAUCUAUAAACCCCUGCGCUACACCACUAUCAUGAAAAAGAGAGUCUGCACUGCCCUCGUUCUCUGCUGUUGGUUGGCUGGCCUGUUGAUCAUCCUCCCCGCUCUUGGCAUGGGCCUCGAGCUGGAAUUCUGUGACUCAAAUGUGAUUGAUCAUUUUGGAUGUGAUACAUCUCCUAUUUUACAGAUAACUUGCUCAGACACAGUGUUAAUAGAGAGAAUUGCUUUGGCUUUUGCUGUGCUGACACUCAUUUUUACCUUACUGUGUGUGGUCCUCUCCUGUACAUACAUUGUCAAGACCAUUCUAAGAUUCCCUUCUGCCCAACAAAGGAAAAAGGCUUUUUCCACCUGUUCUUCCCACAUGAUUGUGAUUUCCAUCACCUAUGGCAGCUGCAUCUUCACCUACAUCAAGCCUUCAGCAAAGGAAGGAGUGGCCAUUGACAAAGCGGUGUCUGUGCUCACAAGUCCCGUCGCCCCUUUGCUCAAUCCAUUCAUCUACACACUUAGGAACAAACACGAAGAGGCCUUUAAAGACACAGUAAAACGAGUUGUAUUUCUCACAAAGAAGUAA